AAGACAAUUGAAUAUGAUAUGCUUGGAAGGACUAGUGAAAAGCGAAACCUGUAAACACAAUAUUAACAUACAACGUUAAGUACAAGAAGCAAGAGAAAGCUCACAAAACAACAACAAAAUUCUGCACAGGAAUCUACUUUCGGGUAUAGUUGUGAAAAAGGGCAAGUCAUUAUAACUUUAUAAAUACCAAAGGGAUCAAGAAACUCAGGCACCAGACUCUGCACUUCUGCAGAUCACAAUCUACCUAACAAGCGAACAACAUAAUGGGGAAGUGGUCAGUUGGGCUUUAUGACUGCUUUGGAGAUCUUGGCACCUGUUGUUUGACUUGCUGGUGCCCCUGCAUUACAUUUGGUCGCAUUGCUGAGAUUGUGGACCGAGGCUCAGCAUCAUGCUGCAUGCACGGGACCAUGUAUGUGUUGCUGGGGUCCAUAGGCUGCAACUGGUUGUAUUCUUGUACCAAACGCUCCUCAAUGCAGGCACAAAAUAACUUUCAAGAAUCACGCUUCAUGGACUGCUGCAUUCACUUCUGCUGUGAGACUUGCGCGUUGUGCCAAGAGUACAAGGAGCUUGAAAAUCGCGGCUUCAAUAUGUCCAAAGGAUGGGAAGGGAACAACAAGAUGGUGGUAGGCAUGGCAGCACCCGAAAAGCAAGGAAUGGAUGCUCUUUUAGACCAUGUUUAAAUCAAGAACUUGAUGGUUGCGAGCCCAUGAUGGUUGACACUUCUCUUUAAUGGCUUUCUGUUAAUCUUCAAUUCCCAAUCUUCUGAAGCCAUCCAAGACAAAAAUAAAGUCAGGGCUAUAUCCUUGCCACUUUGGUUCUCAAGUUGUUUAAGCUCAUUCUAUGUAUCCUUAUCUAUCGAUUUAAUUACUUCACUUUUGUUUUCAUACAAUAUCUAUUUAUGUAAUUUGAUACUCAAUGAGCAGGCUGUAAUUGGAUUUGUAUACCCACCGUAA